AUGACGGUCAUCACUAACUACCGACUCAUUCCCUCUGUCACUUUUCCUGGGGGCUCUGAAGACGUCCUGAGAGCCCUCACCUGGAUUACUACUCACCUGAAUGAUGUGGGCGAUGUCGAGCGCAUAUUUAUCAUGGGGCACUCCGCUGGAGGCGUCCACGUCGCAGGAUACCUGCUAAAACCCUCUCUCUACGACGUAUCCAUCCACGUCAAGGGCGUGAUCCUCUUCAGCGUACCCUAUGAAAUACCCGUGAUCAACAAGACAACGGCUGAUUUUCGCAACGCCGCGGAAGUUUAUUACGCAGGCGCGAAGAAGAUUUCAGUUCACCAGCCAUUACAGCCGUUUGCAGAUUGA